CUCUCGAAACCUACUUAAACAGUACUGUACCCAGUUCCGUGUCAUACUUAGGAUUUUUGAAAUCAGCCCGCCACAUAAUUGUCAAAACACCUCCGUUAACAGAAGAUUGGAAAGGGCUCAAUGGUGCGUGGUACAGGCGGUUUUCAAAAGCAUCAAAAGAACUGAAUCCACCGUCAGUCACGGAAGAGGCACAUUUUCCUAACCCAAGUGAUAAUGAAGAAUACCUCUUGACAGCUAUUUACCUGAAUCCAGAGUAUAGGCACAUUUUCCUAGUUCUCAUUAUUUGCGACAUGGAUACUCGUCCAUAUUGGCAGGAAAUUAUAGAAGAACGCAAGAAGGCAGGAACUAUUCGAUCAAAAACAAUUGAUGCAUACCAAGCUGUGGGGGAGAAUGUUGGUGAUGAGAUCGUGGACGAAUGCAAACAAUCUUCGAAAAGACUCGAGAAGGAUAAGCAAGAACAAAGUCGAUCUAGAAGCGGUGCAGAAUAUCAUGCCGAUUCAAAGGAUAAUGUUGAAUCGCAGGAUCCAAUCUCUGUAUCUGAAGAUGAUGAUUUGGACAUAUUUGAUCAGGAGGCGAUUGAUCAACAAGGAGAGGUGAAGGAGGCGACCAACGAUAAAGUGAAGGAAAACAAAAAUGGACCAUUUAAACUGAGCGAGACAAAUCGUAAAGAGAUUGAGGAAGUAUAUAAAUUAAUGGAUAAGCAAUUCAUGUGGAAACUUUCAUCCGAACGGAUUGUCGAAGAAGAGUUAUAUAAGCUCGGGAAAGAUUUGGAGUUUGAGCAUGCCGUCCAUUCGUUUAUCCUAGAUGUUGACGAUAAAUUAAUUGCAGAACAUUUCACUGAAGCGGAACUUCGUGAGAUGGAGGACACGCCUAUCCCAGAAGUAUCCGAGCUCUCAGAUGAAAUUAUCAAUUUACUAAAUAAAUUCACUGGCAAGACGAAUUUAAACGAAAUUCGGCAAAUAAUAAAGGAAGUAAGUUUUGGCAGUAAUUAUGACCGUGAGAAACACCACGAUAUGGACUAUAUAUGCCUUGCAUUACAUGCGUUAGUGAGGGAAAUUGAAAGUGGAAAAAUCACGGACACUAACCUUGAAAACUGGUUCAACUGCCAUGUUUGGAGUGUGAUCUUUGAUCAAGCUUUCGGGGAUAUGAAGACAAUAGCUGUUGUCAGAGGUGAAAGCACAAGUGUGUCGACUGCGACACGAAAAAAUAAAAAAGCGAAAAGGAAAUUAGGAGAACGUAGAAAAAUCGGUCGAAGAGGGGACUGGAUCCUCAGGGCCGUUAGUAAUGGCAACAAGGAUGAAUUUGGAGCUGGGGAGGCAGGUAAAUGUUGGCUAGACGAAUAUGAAACGAAGUAUCUUAGGGAAGGAGGAUUAAAACUUCCUAAGACACUUAAAGAUAUGUUAUUAAGUUUAAUGGAAAGAAUAAGUUGGAACAGUGAGAUUCGCAAAAAAAUACAGACGAUGGGAUUAUUCACGGAGGUGCUUGUCAUUAAUCAAUAUAUUAAUUCUGUAAUAGGCCUUAUGUUGACAGUGGUAUAUGCUGACAACCCUAAAGGCUACGUCUGCAGAUAUCGACGAUGUGAUACGUUGCAAGUGCCAGACACAGUAGAAAAAUUCGAUUCCAUUUUAAUGAUCCUGGCAUCUGUUCUGAAUGCUAAGUCUGUAGUUCAAGAGACGGUAAAGGUGGUUCAAACAGCAGGACAGACUACAAAAGCCUUUAAGACGAAAUUAUGCACUAAAGUGAAUAAUACUAGUCCAUAUCCUGCGUCACCAUGCCCUGGAACACCAAAUUCAGAGUCAUUGAUAGCGGAAUGA